AUGGCUCCUACCGCUGUCCUGGACCAUGUCAACGAACACCCCGCAGAUCUAAAGGCGAAGGUUGUAGAGGGCGAAGUUCAAACCGAACAACAACCCAAACUUCCUUUAGCCGACAAUUACAUGUACGAUUUCAAGUACAACCACGCUCUCCCAACAAUCGAAUCUCUUGGUCAGGACAUCGCAGCUGAUGUCGAUCCUAUUGAAACCGCCGAAGCAUUGGUCGCUCGACUCUCCGAAGUCUUAGGAGCUGGCGAUGCCGACGGAUUCACAGACUUGUUCCUCGACUACGGUGUAUGGCGUGACAAACUCGCGUUCACUUGGGACUACCGAUCAUUCAACUUCAAGGAGAACAUUGCUCGAGCUGCUAAAGACUUACUACCUACCACCAAAGCCAGGAAUUUGAAGUUCUUGUCUCCCGCUCCUUCGAUCCAAAAACCCUACCCGGACCUCGCUUACCUCCAGUUUGUCGUCUCACUUGAUACCGAUUUGGCAAAUGCGCAUGCUGUUGUGCAGGCGGUCUCGACAACCCAAGGCUGGAAGCUUUGGACUUUGCACACCGUUAUUGAAUCGUUGCAUAAUUUCCCGGAACUACCACCUGCCGAUGGACAUAUGACUGGCAGCAUCAGUUGGGAGAAACAAAGAGCCAAGGAAGAUGAUGAAAUUGUGCCAGAUGUUGUCAUUGUUGGAGGCGGACAAAACGGUCUCGUUCUUGCAGCUCGGCUCAAGGUUCUAGGAGUUAAAACCCUAAUUGUGGACCACAGUGCCGAGAUCGGGGAAGUCUGGACAAAGCGUUACGAGUACCUCUCUUUACACUUCCCUCACUGGGCGGAUCACUUCCCGUACUUCCCUUACCCCGACCACUGGCCGACCUACACUCCAGCCCAGAAGCAAGGUCGAUACAUGCAAUGGUAUGCUGAAGCCAUGGAGCUCGCUGUAUGGAACAGCUCCAAAGUUGUCAAAGCGGAUCAAGAUGUCAAUGGAAAUUGGACAAUCCAAGUCAACAAAGGAGGGAAAGAUGACAUCCGAACAAUCAAGCCCAAGCACUUGGUCAUGGCUACCUCUCUCUGUGGUGUCCCUACUAUCCCCGUAAUUCCUGGAAUCGAUGAAUGGGAGGGUGGUAUCUACCGACACUCAACGGCCCAUGACUCUUCACGAGACUUCGUGAACAAAAAGGUUCUUGUCGUCGGUACAUCAUCCUCUGGUUUCGACACAGCAUACGAUUGCGCACGAAGGAACAUUGAUGUCACUAUCCUCCAAAGAUCUCCCACCUACAUCAUGUCCUUGACCCAUUCCGUUCCUCGUGCCAUUGGCGGAUAUGAACCCAAGAAUGGUGUUCGACCAGAUCUCGAUGAACAAGACCGUUUAGCUUUUGCCAACCCCACCGGUCCCGCUGAAGAAUUAGGUCGUCGAAAUGCAGAAUACCUCGAGAACGCCGACAGGGAGUUGCUUAAUGCUCUUCACGCUAAAGGUCUAAGAACAUGGAGAGGUCAAAGAGGAACCGGUAAUGGUACUCUUGGUCAAACUAGAAACGGAGGGUUCUACUUCGAUGCUGGAGCUUGCGAGAACAUCAUCAACGGGAAGAUCAAAGUCGAGCCGGGAUUCAUCGAAAGUUUCACCAAAGAUAAAGUAAUCCUUUCAGGCGGUCGGGAGAGACACUAUGAUCUCAUAGUCUUUGCUACCGGUUUCUCAAACACAAUCGACUCAAUCAAGAGCACCCUGGGAGACAAGAUCGCUGAUCAAUGUGUUCCUAUCUGGGGUAUAGACGAAGAAGGUGAAUUUAGAUCUGCCUACAAAGAGUCGGGAGUACCAAACCUUUGGGUCUUCGUCGGCUAUCUGCCAUACACACGUUUCCACUCCAAGAGACUUGCGCUGAGGCUCAAAGCUCUCAUCGAAGGAAUCUCACCGUCUCCUUACACUGCAUAA